ACAUCGAAAACACUCUUCGUUCAGUGGACGGAAUUUUCACUUGGUGUUUUUUACAGUUUGGCAACACCAUAACGAUGAUUCUCUGCAUUGUUUGUGGUGUAUCUUGUGCCACGACAAGUAUACCUCAUAUCUCAGUACCAGAUGGUUGUUUUAUAGAAUCUGUCAGCAGAUGAAGCUGUGUUAGUAAAUUGAUAUCCGCAUAUGUGUACGCUUGCACUUGUGUAUGCUUUUCAUUCUUUUUUUUAGUAUCGCAAUACUGUCUUCGUUUUUUCAAACCGAAACCUUGAAAACAAUCGGUUACGGAAAUACACGUUGAGAGUGCAGUCCAAAAUUUAACUUAUUUUUCAUUCUGUUAAGGAUGUUAUUUGUUUAACAAUUUGAAAUGCUGCCAUCGAAGAAACAAAAUGAGUUACUUGCUAGGGUAAAUUUUCCUCUGUAUGGUGUACGUUCUCUAUCUGAACGCCACGUCCUAGUUGCUGGAGGCGGCGGAAAUGGAAAAAGUGGGAUUUUAAAUGUAAUUGAAAUAUAUGAACUUAUUCAGAAUGGUUCCACUUGUCGAGCUGAGUCAGUCACACAUUAUGAAACUGGAAGUGAAGCGAUAAUGAGUUGUGCUAUAUACGGUGCUGGAAAGUAUUACAUUUUAUUUGCUUCAAUGGCAGGUAAUUGCCAGAUCUAUAAAAUAAAGUAUGAAAUUGUGGAAAAUGACCACAUAGAAAAGAAUUCAUACUCAGAUAAACUAAGUGAGCCGUAUAUUAGGAAAAGAGCACAUGCUGCUGAAUUUGACAGUCCAUCUCAAAUUUCUAAUUUGAAUUGUAAAACAUCCGAUACAAAUGACAAUGUGACAGAUUCAAAAUUACGAUUUAAAAUCCAGCCAUUAGAGUCCUUUCAAACAGAUUUCAGUGAUGACCCAUAUCAAAAGCUUGUAAAGUUUUCAAGUUCUGCUAAGCUGUUAGUUGCUGGUGGUGCAGAUGGACAUGUAAGACUAUGGAAAUACCCAGAAUUAAAGAAAAUUCACGACAUAGCUGCUCAUCUUGAUGACGUUGAUGAUCUAGAUAUAUGUCCUAUUGGCAAAAAGAUUGUAACUGUGUCAAGAGAUGGCUGUGGCAAAGUAUGGAAUUCUGAAACUGGUUGUCUUAUUACUGACUUGAAAUACGUUUUACCUCAAAAGUCGGAUGGAAAGUACAUUUUCAGAAGUUGCAGGAUCAGACAUAAAUCUGAUAUUGAGUGCAGUAAUUUGAAACUAAUGGUACAUGAAUUUGAACUAAUGGUACAUGAAGAUGUAUUAAUGGUGCAAACUAACUGCAACAGGAUGAUAUGACAAGUGGAAAACGUUCCCAGUGCAGUCAGCUGCAGUCAAAAGUUCUAUAGAUAACGAUUCUUUUCCUACUUCAGUAAGACGGAUUGCGUUUAUCUUGUAAUUCAACCAUCGAAGUUUUGUCUUGAAUACUACUAAUGUACCUGUAAAUAAUUUGCUUGUCAAGCCCUUGCAUUUAACUAGUAAUUUUUCUUUAAAUGAAUAGUUGAUUCUGUAUUGCAUUUUUGUUGCUGUCUAGAGCUAAUAUCAGCAAACACAACAUGUGUUAAAUUUUGAUUUCAUUGUUCAGUCACCUUCAUUUAGUUCAUAGUAGAUUUAAGAAUAUAUGACUGCUGUGAUCCUGUGUCACAUAAAGCUCUUGCAGUCCUUCUGUUCUUAUUUGCUUCAGUGGAUACAGAGUUUGUAAAAGAGCUUCUGUUUGUUCUGUUUGAAAAGGUUACAUUUUCAUCAACAUAGGGAACCUCUGAAAUAAUCUUUUUAUUAACAUUAGACAGUUCAGGACAUAAUAUAGUCAUAGUGUUUCUUUUCACAAAUUAUGCAUUGAAUAUUAUCCUAGUAAUUUUUUAAAAGGUGCCAGUUCUCAAACAUACAAGGCAAGCUUUGUUUUUCCUUAAAAUAUCCUUUUUUUCCUCAAAAGCAUUUUUUGGCCUUUAAAACAAUCUUGAGAAUAAUGUAUUUUGCCACUGAAUACACAAGUUGGUUGCAUAAACUUUAGUACCUGAUACUAGAUCAUUAGCCAUCGGGACAGAAUUUUCAACUUUUGUAUAUAUUUGAUUUUUACCCGAACUGACUGCAUUCCCCCCGAACUGUGAAAUUCCCUCCUAGGUAGGAAUCCCCCCCAGUCUUUUCUUGAUUUCCUUAAUUAAGUUAUUUUGCACCUCCCAAUUGUUCACAUUGAUAAAGCAAAUAAAUUGGUUCACCUUUUUUUUUAUUAGGGUGCCAGUGAUUUUAGUUGGAUAAUUAAAACCAGUAAUUUAAACCAUAAUUACAAUAAGCACUUUUUAAAUUCAUUGAUAAAAUCAGAUAGUGUCCCCCUUUUUUGUUAAACAGUGGAAAGUAUUAAAAUGUAAUCUAAUGUUUUUGAAGCAAUUUUUAAUCAAUGAAUAUAAAAAAGUAAAAGCUAUUUAAAGUAAAAUUGUUUAAAAUUUUUUUAAUAGAUCAUACUAGUACAAUGCAUAAAAAUAUCACUUCCAUGUCCAUCUAGGAUCAGACAUAAAUCUGAUAUUGAGUGCAGUAAUUUGAAACUAAUGGUACAUGAAUUUGAACUAAUGGUACAUGAAGAUGUAUUAAUGGUGCAAACUAACUGCAACAGGAUGAUAUGACAAGUGGAAAACGUUCCCAGUGCAGUCAGCUGCAGUCAAAAGUUCUAUAGAUAACGAUUCUUUUCCUACUUCAGUAAGACGGACUGCGUUUAUCUUGUAAUUCAACCAUCGAAGUUUUGUCUUGAAUACUACUAAUGUACCUGUAAAUAAUUUGCUUGUCAAGCCCUUGCAUUUAACUAGUAAUUUUUCUUUAAAUGAAUAGUUGAUUCUGUAUUGCAUUUUUGUUGCUGUCUAGAGCUAAUAUCAGCAAACACAACAUGUGUUAAAUUUUGAUUUCAUUGUUCAGUCACCUUCAUUUAGUUCAUAGUAGAUUUAAGAAUAUAUGACUGCUGUGAUCCUGUGUCACAUAAAGCUCUUGCAGUCCUUCUGUUCUUAUUUGCUUCAGUGGAUACAGAGUUUGUAAAAGAGCUUCUGUUUGUUCUGUUUGAAAAGGUUACAUUUUCAUCAACAUAGGGAACCUCUGAAAUAAUCUUUUUAUUAACAUUAGACAGUUCAGGACAUAAUAUAGUCAUAGUGUUUCUUUUCACAAAUUAUGCAUUGAAUAUUAUCCUAGUAAUUUUUUAAAAGGUGCCAGUUCUCAAACAUACAAGGCAAGCUUUGUUUUUCCUUAAAAUAUCCUUUUUUUUUUCCUCAAAAGCAUUUUUUGGCCUUUAAAACAAUCUUGAGAAUAAUGUAUUUUGCCACUGAAUACACAAGUUGGUUGCAUAAACUUUAGUACCUGAUACUAGAUCAUUAGCCAUCGGGACAGAAUUUUCAACUUUUGUAUAUAUUUGAUUUUUACCCGAACUGACUGCAUUCCCCCCGAACUGUGAAAUUCCCUCCUAGGUAGGAAUCCCCCCCAGUCUUUUCUUGAUUUCCUUAAUUAAGUUAUUUUGCA